CUCCCAGCCGUCCUGCUGCUGCUGGAGGACAAGCUGAGGAGGAAGAGGAGCACCGAGGAGGUAGACGAGAAGGUGUGAAAGUGUCCCCUCCGUCCUCAUGUUGUAGCUGACCUCCAUCCUGAUGACCUACCGUCUUCAGCCUGACCUCUGACCUCUGACCUCUGACCUCUCCGACCUCACUGUGUCCUCCACAACAACAUGGAUCUGAGACGUUCCGGAGGUGACAUCUGCAGGAUCCCUGACACUUAAACGCCGUGGACUGACUCAGGACCGUCUCUCCUAGCCGUCACUUCCUGUCCCGUCCUCCUCCGGACCGACGGCGUCCACCAUGUCGGAGGGACUGCUGCAGGUGGAGAUCCCGGAGUUCGGCAGCAGCGUGCUGGGCAGCCUGAACGAGCAGCGGCUGCUGGGUCACUACUGCGACGUCUCCAUCCUGGUGCAGGGUCAGGCCUUCAAGGCUCACCGGGCCGUCCUCGCCGCGUCCUCGCUCUACUUCAGAGACCUGUUCAGCUCCGCGGCCGACUCCUCGUCCCCAUCCUCCUCAUCCUCCCAGGCCGUGUUUGAGCUGCCGUCCUCAGUGACGCCGACGUGCUUCCAGCAGAUCCUGUCCUUCUGCUACACGGGGCGCCUCAGCAUGGCCGCCAGCGAGCAGCUGGUCCUCAUGUACACCGCCGGGUAUCUGCAGAUCCAGAAUAUCGUGGAGCGGGGCAUGGAGCUGAUGAUGAUGAAGACCUCUUCCUCCUCCUCGCCGCUCUGCUGCGACUCACAGACGACCUCAGUAGAUGAGCUCGGCGGUUUCGACGCGCCGGCGGUGCAGCAGCACGGCGCCCCCCAGCUGACGGAGGCCAGUCCAGACCAGCCGGCCCUGAGCCCCGAGGAGCUGCUGCUGGCCGUCAGCAGGAUCAAACAGGAGAGAGCUGACACGCCUCCUGCUGAGGAGAACGGAGGAGGAGAGGAGGCCAGGGUGGACAUCUCUGGAGACCUGCAGUCCUCCAGGAGCAGUACUCUGUGUUACCUGGGUGCAGGUGGAGGUCUGGUUCCGGGGCUGCAGUCCUACCUGCUGGCGAACGGGGGGCGCUCCAGUCCAGGAGGAUCCAGUCUCCCCACGGACUCCCCUCCAUCCCACCCCCCCACCGAGGAGGAGCUGGAGGAGGACUACUACGGCAACACCGUCCCCUCCGGACUCUACCAACACAUCUACGGACAUCCUGGGAACCCCUACAUCCAGGAGAAGAUGGAGAUGCUCGCCCUCCCAUUGGCUAACGAGCGUCGGCCCUGCGUGCUGGUUGGUCGGGACAACAUGGCGCUCCCCGCCAGUCUGAUCAGUCAGAUCGGGUACCGCUGCCACCCGUCGCUCUACACGGAGGGAGACCCGGGAGAGAAGGUGGAGCUGGUGGCAGGUUCAGGUGUGUUCAUGACCCGAGGUCAGCUGAUGAACUGUCACCUGUGUGCCGGAGUCAAACACAAGGUGCUACUCAGGAGACUGCUGGCGACCUUCUUCGACAGAAACACUCUGGCCAAUAGCUGUGGGACGGGGAUCCGCUCCUCCACCAAUGAUCCGAGCAGGAAGCCUCUGGACAACCGAGUGUUAAACACCGUCAAACUGUACUGUCAGAACUUUGCUCCUAACUUUAAGGAGAGUGAGAUGAACGUCAUCGCGGCCGACAUGUGCACCAACGCCAGACGAGUCCGUAAACGUUGGCUCCCGAAGAUCCAGUCGCUCCUCCCCGACAGCCUCCCCACCUCCUCCCACCCCCGCAAGGCCAAGAGGGGAGGAGGAGGUCAGGGAGGAGGUCAGGGAGGAGGUCAGGGAGGCGAGGCGGCGGUGCAGCCCAGCAGCAGCCCCUUCGCUGAGCUGGACCUGAGGCAGCUCAGCGCCUCCUACCUGGGCCUGGAGGCGCCGCUGUACGCCGAGCGGCGUGACAGGGAGGCAACGGGGGAGAGGGAGCGGGAGAAGGAGGCGCCGGCCGCCCUCCAGCCUCAUCUGCAGUUCGCCGGGUCUCGUGGGGGAGGAGGUCCAGCGGGCGGAGGUCAGGCGGAGGAGGCGCUGAUGGGCGGCGAGGCCGACGGAGGAGGGAGGCUACAGACUGAACAACCUCCAGACCUCCCUCUGUCCUCCUCCGUCUCCUCCUCCUCCUCCUCCUCCUCCUCACACCCCUCCCCUCAGCCUGCAGAGCCCGCCCCUCCUCACAGGGGAUUGGCCGACACAGAAGAGAGGGGGGCGGAGCCUCUGGAAGACAGCCAAUAAGCUUUCUAUCGCAUCUGCCUACCUGUAUGUAAAUAACACAAUAGCUACCUGUCCCCCACCUGUCUGUCUGUCCCCCACCUGUCUGUCUGUCUCCCACCUGUCUGUCCCCCACCUGUCUGUCUGUCUCCCACCUGUCUGUCCCCUACCUGUCUGUCUGUCUCCCACCUGUCUGUCCCCCACCUGUCUGUCUGUCUCUACCUGUCUGUCUGCCUCUAACUGAGACAGACAGUCUACCUGUCUGGCUCUUCCCCUACCUCACUACCUGUCCACCUGUCUACCUCUCUGCCCCCAGUUUGUCCACCUUUCUAUCUGACCUACCUCUGUCUGUCUGUCUGUCUGUCUGUCUGUCUGUCUGUCUGUCUGUCUGUCUGUCUGUCUGUCUGUCUGCUCGGCUCAGCUGCAUGUUAACAGCCUCCUGCAGUCCAGCACACAGGCCCAUAGCAACAGGACUGAUGAUGAUGAUGAUGAUGAUGAUGAUGAUGGUGAUGGUGAUGGUGAUGAUGAUGAUGAUGAUGAUGAUGAUGAUGGUGAUGAUGGUGAUGAUGAUGAUGAUGAUGAUGAUGAUGAUAUCCACUCAACAAUAAAGCUUCUUGAUAAUCAGA